GCCGGAGCCGAGGCGGCGGGCAGCCCCGCCACAGCGCGAUGAGCUCCGAGUGCAGCAGCUACCUCAACGCUGACAGGGUGCUGGUGAGCGGCUUCAGUUGCCCGCGGGUGGGAGGCGAUGCCCGCGCCGUGUACUGCUGCGGCUUCCAGGACGUCAAGUACUGCUGCGAUGACCCCCACAGCUUCUUCCCCUACGAGCACAGCUACAUGUGGUGGCUCAGUAUUGGAGCGCUUGUGGGCCUGUCAAUAGCAGCGGUGGUCCUGUUUGCUUUUAUCAUCACUGUGUGUGUUCUCUGUUAUUUGUUUAUCAGCACAAAGCCACGCAGCAAACUGGAUACUGGUUUAAGCUUACAGAUGGCAGUUAUGGAAAUUCAUCCUUCACAUGGCGGCUACCAAAAUAAGCUGUUGACAGAGCCAAGUGGCUUCAAGAGGUAUUUUCUCAGCCACGAGGAUAGACUGUGACCCACAAGAACCUUACCAACUCUUCCUGGCUGCUACAAUUGCAGCUGAUUACAAGACACCGACCUGAGAUGCCAACAAGAUGCCAGGAUGUGCAUUUCUGUAUGGUUACUGUUGUGGGAAGUAUAUUUUAAUUUGCACCAGCUACUGCUGCUAAUUACUUUCAUGCAAAUUGUUGUCUUAUGCUGUGCAAUUCCAGUGAUAUAACAGUUGUCAGGCAGAGCGUAAUUUGGUACACCCUGUUGACCAAGCUUUGUUUUAAAUUUUCCUUGUGUGCUGUCUUAACAUGAUGUCUUUGCAUCAUUAGUAUGAUCUUUAAUCAAGUGUGAUGGUUUGGUUCACAAACAUGUGAAUGCAGUACCUCAAUAAAAUCUGGCAUUCA